CGCGCUCGCUCCUCUCUUGAAUCGACCUCCUCCCCACGCCCACUCCUCCUCCUCCCACGCCGCGUCCUUCGCCCUCCUCCCUGGGCGAAGCUCGCCCCGCCGCCGCAUCGCCUCCUCACCAGCCACGCCCGCCGGCCUCCUCCGCGAUCGCCGCCGCCCUCUCCAACGCGCCUCCACCUCGCAUCGGAUCGAUCAUCCACCUUCGCCCUCCUCCCUGCGUCGCCUCCUCGCCUCGCCGCCGCAUCGCCUCCUCAGCAGCCCCGUGCCCCGCGCCCCGCGUCCCGCGUCCCGCGCCGCCCUCGACCGCCGACGCUGCGACCCGCGCCGUCUCCUCGCUGCCGUCGCCGCGCCCCGAGUCCCGCGUCCCGCGCCGCCCUCGACCGCCAACGCGGGAGCAGGAGGUCACGCCGCGUCAACACCGCCGAGGAGCCGCUUCCUCGCCGCCGUCGCGACGACCCACGCCGCCCUCGACUGCCGCCACCUCCGCCGGUCACGAUCGCCGUCAUCUGAAGGAAACCUAGAUCCAGGAGGAAUCAAGCAGGAGUUCAGGGACAUGCACUUGGCAUCUGCUGAAUUUUUUUUGGCAUUGAUACGGAUUUGGCAGGAGACUAAUGUGCAUGCAUGUUUAAACCACUGGGAAUUAUCAUGUGAUGGCAUAAAGUAUUUUUCUUCUGCCUGUUUAAACCACUGGGAAAGAAUUAUAAUCCUCAUAUUUGCUUCCAAUUUCCAAUUUAAGAUUGUUUGUUUGGAUAACAAUGGUGGGAGUUCUGUGCCAACAUCGUCAACAAGAUCAGGUCCUUUUGCUGAUAUAACUAAUGUAAUUGAUGCCAAUUUGACGAACAACCAUCCCGCUGCUAAUAAAAAUGGAACUAAUGUGCCAAAAGAUCGUGAGAAUUGCCAGCACAACAACUUGGACUCUACAGAUGUUACAAAACUAAGUGCGACUAAACUAAAAAGGAAGCGUGCUAGGGAGUGGUAUGCAUCAUUGACCAAAGAGCAAAAGGAAGAUAGAAACAAGAAGGCACGAGAUAUCAGGAAGCGGAGGAACUUUGAAUCACAAGAUAAUGGGUCUCAAGCUGCGACAUCAAAAAAAAUUACUACUACGGCCUCAUCUGUUUCAGCAGCUCCGUUUGGUGAUAUUAAAAUUGCAAGCACUGAAGAUCAAUCAGUAGGGGGCCGGUUGGAUGUUAAUGAUGCAGGCACUGAAAAUGUGGGUUCUAUUGUAACGCCUGUGCGUCUACCAUUUACUAACAGUUCUGAUAUGUCCUACAGUACACCCAGCGAGUAUACCAUGCCUCUCCAGGCAGAAGAUGCUCAUGGAGAUGUCACUAAUCUCAGCGCGUCUGAACUAAAAAAUAAGCGUUCUAGAGAGUGGUACGCAUCAUUGACCAAAGAGCAAAAGGAAGAUAGAAACAGGAAGGCACGCGAUGCCAGGAGGCGGAGGAAGGAUGAAUCUCAAGGUAAUGUGCCUAAAGCUACGACGUCAAAAUUUUCUACUCCUACUCCUACGCUUGGAGAUAUUUCUAUUGUCACCGCUGGAGAUCCCGCAGGAAGGGAACAAUGGGUUAGUAAUGAUGAAUUAUUGGACACCCCUACAACAAAGGGAACAGGAAGUGUAUCUCAACAACCCACGAUCACACCUAGACGUCUCCCAUUUACAGUGAUAAACAAUAUAGCAUAUUAUGAUCUUAAUGAAGGAUCCGAAGAACCUUUGAGCUACAUAGUUCAAGGAGAGACACAGAACAAUAAUGAAACUGAUUUUCUAGCUACGAAUUCAGGUCAGGAUACACAAAGUCGUAGAACAUCAUUAGAGAAUUCACGAAAUCCUGUAUCCCGGAGCCUUUCACAAGACCAGUUGCAGUCACGUCGUGCUGGGGAUAGGGCCAAGUAUGCUGCUAAAACACCAGAACAGAAGCAAGUUAUGCUAGAACGUCAGAGAUCACGACGUCAGUCUAUGACAGCGGAACAAAAACAAGAGAUGAAUGCACGCCUUAGGGUUGCAAGGCAAAAUUUACCUGAUGUGGACAUUCAUGAAAUGAAUGCCCGUCGUAGAUCAAGACGGCAAAAUGUCACUCCUGGAGAAAGGACUGCUCAUCUCGCACGACGUAAUGCACGCUACGCUGCUCGGCGUGACAAACCAUGCGCUGAAUCAAUUGCGUUGGAGUGCCCUGAGGGUAGCAGCCCGUCGUUAUUAAAUCCAACGCCUUGCUUGGAAACAACCGAUGAUGUGCCAGCUACAUCGAGCCGGCCAACUGAGCAUGCUGCAGAUCAUCUUGCACGAUCAUGCACUUUUGAUGAUGAUGAUAUGGAUUCCUUCAUGGAUGAUGACACGGACGAUGAAUACUACAUGUUUGCUGGGCUAGGCGAUGAUGACGAUGACGAGAUGGUACAAUCUGAUGACGACGACACGCAAUCACCGACCUCUUCAGUUCCUGAUCCGUUCGACUGUGUGUAUAGCAACAUUCCACAAAGCACAAAUGUUCUGAAGGCUGAGCCUGACUGUAAACACUGUGGCGCCAAGAGGUUCCAGUACGAACCGCCAGGCUUCUGUUGUCGGGAUGGAAAGAUCAAGCUUGUAGAAAAUGAAACACCCCCUGAACUGAUGAGGCUCUGGACAAGCUCGGAUCCAGACGCCAAGCAUUUCCGGGAUAACAUUAGAUAUUUUAACGGCCACUUCUCAUUCACUACCCUUGGUGUAAGCCUUGACAAGGCCUUUGCAAACAUGAGCUCGGGCGUGUACACAUUUCGGGCCCAUGGUUAGAUCUAUCAUAACAUACAUUCUUUUGGUCCUA